UGUCCUAAAAUAGAAGGGCCUUUCCAUCUGUCAGGCUGAAGUCAGCCUUGUGGAACACAAGUCUGGGAACACAAAAUCAACCCACCAGGCACAGGGAAAAACAGAAAGGCAAGGAAAGAGAAAUUUCUUCAAACACUGGCUGCAUUCUCCUACCAGCACCUAUUGUCCACUUGUCUAAUUUUUUACUUUGAGAGGGUUGAUUUUUAAAAUAAUAAAAAAAAAUAUUCAGAUUCAUUUGGAAGCAAAUCAACGAUGAAACUGAGUGUGGGGAUAUUUUUUGGAGGCUUCUUCGGGGCGCUGGGAGUUUUGCUCUUUUUGGUGGCCUUUGGGACAGAUUACUGGCUUCUUGCUACAGAAGUUGGAAGAUGUUCAGAAGGUCCAAACAAUACCACGGAGGAGAAGGUCACUUUCCACCAUGAAGGUUUCUUCUGGAGGUGCUGGUUUGCUGGAGAUGUAGAAGAGGACACUAACAAUAUUUGGAAAUUCUGGUACACCAAUCAAUCGCCGUCUAAGAAUUGCACACAUGCCUACCUUUCUCCAUUUCCUUUUAUCCGAGAUGAACACAACUCAACCUCCUAUGACUCUGCAAUCAUUUAUCGUGGUAUCUGGACUGUGCUCAUGCUCCUGGGGGUGAUCACUGUUCUGGUGGCCAGCUUCUUCAUCAUCUGUGCAGCUCCCUUUGCCAGCCAUAUUCUAUACAAAGCAGGAGGAGGCAUUUUCAUCGCUGCAGGCAUCUUGUUUUCACUGGUGGUCGUGAUGUAUGUCAUCUGGGUCCAGGCAAUGGCUGAUCUGGAAAACUACAUGAAUAUGAAAAAAAUUGAUUGCCCAGACUUCGUUGCUUAUGUGCACUAUGGCUGGUCUUUCAUACUGGCUCCUAUAGGAAUAUUUUUUGCUUUGUUUGCAGGAAUGCUCUUCCUAUUAGUAGGGCGUACUAUUCAACUGCACUCUGACUUAUCACACAUCUAAUAAUUGGUGUACUGGGAUUGUGAUAAAACUUUUAAACUGGAACACAAAUUAUGUACAUUAUUGCCAUUACUACUAUAUAGCAUUUGUAGAGGCACUUCCAGAAUUGCUUAAGUUACAUGUUUAAUUGAGACGUUCCUAUGGGACAUAAAACUCACUAUAGGAAAAAAAUAACUUUCAUUCCUAUCCAAUUUCUUUAAGUUCUUUAGGUACUACAUGGAAUGGUUCUCCACAUAACAUUAGUUGCAGCAUUAGAUCUCCCUGCAAACACAGGAGGGCAAAAAACCACCAACAACAUAAAAAUGGGUCAAAUCUGGAUUUUCUACGUUUGUCUUAGCCAUUUACUUUGUGCCACUGUCAAAAAAGUCCUUGUGGAGAAUGGUAAAGACAGAGGAAAACAAGUGUUCAACAGGGUAAUUUAAUCCACCUCCUCUCCCCCUUUCCAAAACUUUCCUUUGCUUUAAUAUGAACAAACACUUCUGCACUUAAAAAUAGAGUACAGUUGUUCAUGCAGUAUCCACAUGAACUGGGCAGUAGAGAAGAUGAUUCCAGUGAAUAAUGAUUUGGGGCUAGUAUCUACAUGUAAUAGCUUAAAUGUCAACAUGAUAUGUUUUGCUGCUAUGUAAACAUUUGAAAGCUGUAUUCUUCUAUAUUCUGAAAUCUGUGUUCUUUCGUUGCAUGGUUCUGUAAGCCAAAAUAAUAUAGUUAAACUACUAACUAAAGGUAUGCCAAAAUUAUAUAAUAAAACAUAUGGUGUAGAUUUUUUAUAUCAAGUUUUUACCUGGACAUUUUGUAGGUAUGUUUGAUGAUUGGCUUUUUCAAACAUUAUCUGUGAUUUACAUACUUUAAAUAGUGAAAAAUUGCUGUAUAAUGAGAUUUUUAAUUAAAAAUGUUUAUUAUGAAUAUAAAGUGCACGAACAUGUAAUUCUUCUGCAGCCCUCAAUUUUCUAAAUAUUUGUAUAUGAAAUCUACAACAUGAUAGACCAAAUCCUGCUUGCCUGCAAAUAGUCCCAAUGAAAGCAAUGAGACUACUCCAGUGAGGAGGGAAGCAGGAUUUGGACCUACAUUGUGUAACUGGAGAUAACUGCUGUGUGUGUUUGUGCCUGCGUGCAUGAGUGUAGGUGCUUGUAUUCCUAGAGUGGAGGGGGUAGAGUUCUAAUAUUAGGGAAAGUUCUUUUGCUUGAUACUAGUUCUGGUUGAAAUUCAACCCGAGAGCAUGGGUAGAAUUUGCACUUUGUAACUCAGUGCAAAGAAGUCUUGGAUUGAUGGAGAAACAUAAAGAUUAUAUGUUGGUUUCUUCUAGUACCCAGUGCUUCAUUCCACAGCGGUUAUGAGUACUAAUGGCAUCUCUAACUGGCAGGAAAGCAGUGACCUCUUAGAAGAUGUGGUGAGAUAGAUUGUCUGUUGCUUCCAGUCCAGCAGCAAUCCAAAUUAACUCCCCACCCCUUGCAGAUACAAUACCCCUUGUAUUAUGAUCCUGUCCUGAAUUACAUGAUCAUAUGCUGUUUCUCAAAUAAUGCAGAAUGUCCUCUUUUUUUCUCUAUAACCUUAGAUAUUCAAUGGCAAUUGUGUGAGUCAAUUUGAUGAUCAAAAACUAUUUGACUAGAAAACAUUGGCAAGCCCUAUCCAACGCUCCUCAGGAGGGAAUCCUUCUCCACAACCCCUUAGGAGGUCAGCAGGGGGUGACACACUUCCCUGCAACCCUUAGAAGCUGUGGUGUGCUGAGAAGCCUCAGAGCUGGGCUCCUUCCUGCAAACCUUACAAUGUGUGCAACAGCAACUAAUAGAUUCUUCAAGGAAUGAGCCAAAGGCUCCUGUGGAGCCCUUAAUUCAGCCUAUGUGCAUUUUUAGAACUCUUUCUAUUAUGCAGCUAAAUUGGCUAGCUACCUACGUGCAAUUUAGCUUUCCUUAAUGGUGCACUUUGGGCCAGACUGUGGCAUAAACUAAAUAGGAGGAUAAAAGAGAGAUGUACAAUAUGUCGUUCCCAUACCGUUCACUUGGAAAUUCAGUGAUGCCUUUUUACUGAACUAUGGAAUCUUGCCUUUCUUUGAAUGGAUUAUGUCACUCACAUCUCAACAGCAUGCUAAUUUUUAGUAAAGGCUUGAAUAUUCCAUUUAGCUGGUUACCCUCACUUUCUAGCCUGUACUAAAUGGCUGAGACUCGGGACAUUUUCACUCAAAUUCACACUUUGGAAUUAUUCUACCAUUGUGAUGUAGCAAUUACUUUAAUUUCCAUCAUCUUUUCUGCUCUUAUGGCAGAACUCAGGUGGCACAGAGCAGAAUGGUGCCUUUUUUUGUGGAAACCCAUUUUUCUCAUUUAUUCAAAGUACAGUAGUCAGAUUAUGGGAUCUUUUGUUUAGACAUCAUGGGCUAGAUCCUCAUCUGGUGUAAAACAGCAGAGCUUCACUGAUCUUAAUAGAGCUCUGAUGUUUUGCACCAGAUCAGGAUCUAAUUUGGUUGUUUGGUUCUACUGUCGGUUGGGUAGUCUCUCCAAUUUCCAUAAAAAAACAUGGGGGGCAGAUUGUCACUACAAGCCCAGGCAACAGCUAGUCGCUGCCUUACACCUGUCAUGCGGGCUACUUGGACUAGUUGUGUUGAGAGGGGCUUUGUUUACACACACUCACAAUACGGCAGCCGGUGCAGCUGAGCCAUUGGGCAGAAUGUUAUGAUAUGCUGCUGUUGUAGACCAGCAGUAAAGGGGGGGAAGAAGGGUGGGAAUGGUGCCCAGAGGUGCUGUUUCCUGAUGCGUCAAGCUGUGCCUAAACGCCUUUGGUACUUUGGUUUUCAAUACAUUUAAUUACAGAGAAACGGCCUUUUAAGUACUCCAGGAAGGGCAGGCUAGCUAGAGAGUCUUGCUCUGUGGUAUUCUUCAGAUUUAAGGUUUAUCUAGAAACACUGGUGGUGACACCACUAUUUUCGCGAUUAGAGCACAGUAAAAGAUUUUUUAAAAUGGUUAAAUGCUUUAAUCUAAAUAUCUGGUGAAAUUCAUCAAAUGAAUGUUUCCCAACUGUAUCUCUAUUUUAAUUGACCUUGCAGCUGACCAGUCUGUGGGAAAUAGUAAGAAAAAAAUGUUUAUCGACUAAUUUAUUUGGAAAAAGAUUGUGAAAGGGGACGAAUAAAUAAUAACAAAUA